AUGGACCUUCGCGUCGACAUCGUCGAGACGAGGUUCUGCCUGGACCAUCGCAGGAGGCCACCAGGUAAGUUCUUCUCCAGGUAAGUGCAUUUGCUCUGUUUCUUCCUUCUGUCUGUUGAAGUUCCGUGUCGUAUGCUGCUCUUGCUGCCUGCCAUCUAUUUGCUAGUCUGUCUGUUAAUAGCUAGACGAAACCCUUGCUGCCUGCUGCGACUGUCUGUCUGUCAUUCUAUGCCUCUCUGCUAAUAGCUAGGUGUUACGGUGCUUGACGCUUGAAUGGUGCCCUCUCACUUCUGUCUCUAACUGAUGACUGUGUCUGUUUGCCCGCUCUAGCUAGCUGUAAGUCCCAUAGCGUUAGGUUGUGUGCAUGCUCUCUCCUACUUUACUCCAUCACAUCAUCAUCACCACCAAGGUCCCAGGCUAAUUCGGGUCGUUCUCUCACUAACAAAAAGUCGUGGCCCAUAGAGGAGUCCGGCAGCCGUCUGGGAUAACCGGGCAGCCCUGUUCAGGGAUGCGUUGCCUGCCCCCGCGAGGAGGAGGGGGCUAGAAAAGGUGCCCUAAAGAUCGCUGGGAACCACGCUGUCUGUAGGCUGGCCGUGGCCGCAGACAAAAAACACACGGUCGAAACAGCCAAAACCGAAACAACAACAACAACAACAACAACAACAACAACAACAACAACAAUCACUCUCUUCCUCUUCCAGCCUAUUCUUCUUCUCCUACUCCUACUUUUCGCCGCCGCAGUCGCCAGACUGGCAGGGUGAGCCCGCUCACUCUGGCAGCCUGGAAUGUUCGUUCCCUUUAGACAAUCCGUGGAGCAACCGACCGGAACGGAGGACGACGCUACUGGCACGAGAACUGGCGCGCUACAAGGUGGACAUCGCCGCACUCAGCGAGACCCGAUUCUCUGAACAAGGCCAACUGGAGGAGGUGGGUGACGGUUACACCUUCUUCUGGAGUGGCCGACCCAGGGCAGAGCGACGAGACGCGGGCGUCGCCUUCGCCAUCCGGAACGACAUCGUGGGACGACUGCCCUGCUUGCCGCAGGGCAUCAACGAUCGCCUGAGGAGCCUCCGUCUGCCUCUCCGCCGGGUAGGGGGUAAAUUCGCCACCAUCAUAAGCGCCUACGCUCCGCCGAUGACCAGCCCCUACGCCGUCAGAGACAAAUUCUACGAGGACCUGCACGCUCUCUUGGCGACUGUGUCGAAGGCGGACAAGUUGAUUGUCCUUGGCGACUUCAACGCCCGCGUCGGCACAGACCAUACUGCCUGGAGAGGAGUGCUCGGUCCCCACGGUCUCCGCGGCUCCAACGACAACGGCCUGCUGCUUCUCCGCACCUGCGCAGAACACCGCCUCAUCCUGACGAACAUCUUCUUCUGUCUGCCGGAGCGAGAGAAGGCCACCUGGAGGCAUCCUCGGUCGCGCCAGUGGCACCUGCUGGACUACGUCCUCGUCCGGAGGCGAGAUCAGCGGGACGUGCUGGUGACGAAGGCGAUCGCGGGAGCUGAUGGGUGGACCGACCAUCGCCUCGUCAUCUCGAAGAUGCGCAUUCGCCUACAGCCUCGCAGGAGACCACAGGGUAAUCGACCCCCAGGUAAGCUGAAUGUUGCCUUGUUGUCUUUGCCCACUCACCAUCUUCAUUUCAGCAAUGAGCUAGCUCAACGGCUAGACAACCUUCCAAUUGCUGCCACCGACGACGCCGCCGCUGCCGAGAACGCCUCCGUGGAGAACCGCUGGUGUCAACUGCGAGACACGGUCCAGUCGACGGCGCUCGCCGUCCUUGGUCGCGCUCCCCGUCAACACCAGGACUGGUUCGACGACAACGACGCCGCCAUCAGAAAUCUGCUUGCUGAGAAGAACCGCCUACACAAAGCCUACGUAGAUCACCCCUAUGAGGACAACAAAGCUGCCUUCUACCGUAGUCGCCGCAAACUUCAGCAACGACUGCGCGAGAUGCAGGACGCCUGGACUGCUCGCAAAGCUGAGGAGAUCCAAGGCUACGCGGAACGAAACGAAUGGAAGAACUUCUUCUCCGCGACCAAAGCUGUCUACGGUCCGCCGACGAAGGGCACUGCUCCUCUCCUCAGCGCCGACGGCAGCACUCUCCUGACUGAGGAGACGCAAAUCCUGCAGCGAUGGGCCGAGCAUUUCUGA